AUGGCGUUGUUGAGGGUCUGGACAACGUUGCUGCUCUUCUCUCUUCUCUUAACCCAUCAAGCUGAAUCUGAUUAUAGGGUGAUUCAGUUGAACACAGCCGACACACCAGCUCCUUCACCUCCGCAUAUUGAUUGCGGGGGAGCUUGCGUUGCUCGGUGCCAACUGUCAUCACGGCCAUGCCUGUGCAAGAGGGCAUGCGGGACUUGUUGUGUCCGCUGCGACUGCAUGCCGCCGGGAACUUCCGACGACAACGACGCCUGCCCUUGCUAUGCCAACGUGACCACCCAUGCAUGGAGGCAGGCGUAA